GGAUCCAGCUGCAGGAUGGAGGGAACAUCUGUCCACAGGCUGCUGGCUCUGAUCUCUCUGCUGAGCCGCUCAACAGACCAAGCUGCUCUGACUGUGAGUCCCAGCAGAUCUCAGUUCUUUGAAGGAGAAUCAGUGACUCUGAUCUGUGAGGAUGAAAACAGCUCUGAUGGAGGAACUGUGAGGAGAAACACAACCAGAGGAACCAGGACUGAAUGUGAAGGAUGGGGGAAAUUAGAUGGCCUGAUGUGUAACAUCAGCUACUUGUUCCCACAUGACUCUGGCCUGUACUGGUGUGAGUCCAUGUCUGGAUCCUCCAGCAGCAGCAGCAGCAUCCAGCUCUCUGUCUCUGGUGGAUCAGUGAUCCUGCAGAGUCCUGUCCUCCCUGUGAUGGAGGGAGAUGACGUCACUCUGAGCUGCAGAGCAAAGAGUCCAGCCCACAACCUCCCAGCUGCUUUCUAUAAAGAUGGCUCCUUCAUUGGUGAUGGACCAUCAGGCAGUUUCACUCUCAAAUCAGCGAAGAGCUCUGAUGAUGGCCUCUAUAAGUGCAGCAUCAGCGGUCAGGGAGAGUCUCCAUCCAGCAGGGUCUCUGUCAUAGGGGAAUCAACCAUCCCUCCACCCUCCCCUUCUUCAUCCUCCUCUGCCUCAGGUCGGAUGUCUCUGUCUGGAAACUCGGCAAACCAAGGUCCUCUGACUGUGAAUCCCAGCAGAUCUCAGUUCUUUGAAUUUGAAUCUGUGACUCUGACCUGUGAGGACGAUCGGACCGUAUGGAGUAACACAACCAGAGGAACCAAGAAGCAGUGUGGAGAUGCAUGGGGAACAGCAGACGGCUCUACAUGUAAAAUCACCUUGUUAUCAUUUGACGCUGGUCAGUACUGGUGUGAGUCCACAUCUGGAUCCAUCAGCAGCAGCAGCAUCCAGCUCUCUGUCUCUGGUGGAUCAGUGAUCCUGCAGAGUCCUGUCCUCCCUGUGAUGGAGGGAGAUGACGUCACUCUGAGCUGCAGAGCAAAGAGUCCAGCCCACAACCUCCCAGCUGCUUUCUAUAAAGAUGGCUCCUUCAUUGGUGAUGGACCAUCAGGUCACAUGACCCUCCUCCAUGUCUCCAGCUCUGAUGAAGGCCUCUAUAAGUGCAGCAUCAGCGGUCAGGGAGAGUCUCCAUCCAGCAGGAUCUCUGUGGAAGGAAAACAUCCAACCACAGCCACGCCCACCGCUGAAGCCACGCCCAUCGCUGAAGCCCCGCCUCCUCCUCCCUUCUACCACCACGUCAGACUGCUCUUCCUCCUGGUGGUGAUUUGUCCGUACAUUAUACCCACUGUCCUCAUGGUGUCUUUAUUUCGCCAGAGAAACAAAGCAAACAACCCGCCUGUGUCAGAGGAAAUGACCCCAUCCUUCCAAGCUACGCAGGAAUUGGACGAUGUGUAUGAAAACGUCAUCAUUGGUGUGACCACAGAGCAUCACUUCUGACAUAAACUGGUUUCCAAACAGCAGAAAUGUCAAAUAACUGCUUUACAAAACUCCAACC